AUGGACUCCGACGAGAUCAUUCCUGAUGAGGAGCAUCCAAAUGUUCCUGUCGGAGAUGAGGAGUCUGACAUUGACGAAAAAUAUCCCAACCGGCCCCGUAAUCAUUCCCCAACCCUACCUUUUCAUGAGCUUUUCCAGACCCUCUUCAACCCUCUGGGCGAAAUAAAAAAGAAGCCAGCCGGAGCGGUUGCGGCUCGCAGGAAAGUCGGUCCCCAUGGGCAAUCAGCGGCCAAUCUCAAUCCGCUGGAGAGACGACGCGAUGUGAUUGAGCGGUUUAUCUCGCGGUGGAGGAAGGAAGUGGGCGAUGAUAUAUACCCCGCCUUUCGACUAAUUCUUCCGGACAAGGAUCGGGACCGGGCCAUGUACGGAAUCAAGGAGAAGGCUAUCGGCAAAAUGCUUGUCAAAAUUAUGAAAAUUGACAAGAACUCCGAGGAUGGCUUAAACCUGCUGAACUGGAAGCUGCCUGGACAAGCAGCUACGUCCAGGAUGGCGGGCGACUUUGCGGGGCGAUGUUUCGAUGUCAUCUCGAAGCGACCAAUGCGGACUGACGUGGGAGACAUGUUGAUUGAGGAGGUUAACGAGAAGCUGGACAAGUUAUCGGCGGCGUCCAAGGAGGAGCAGCAGCUGCCGAUCCUUGCGGAGUUUUACCGGCGCAUGAAUCCCGAGGAACUCAUGUGGUUGAUUCGUAUCAUCCUCCGGCAGAUGAAGGUGGGAGCGACGGAGCGGACCUUCUUUGAUGUCUGGCAUCCGGACGCGGAGAAUCUGUACAGUAUUUCGAGCAGUCUCCGGCGUGUCUGCUGGGAGCUGCACGAUCCGAAUAUUCGGCUGGACGCUGAGGACAGAGGAAUCAGCCUGAUGCAAUGCUUCCAGCCGCAGCUGGCUCAGUUCCAAAUGGAUUCGUUGGACCGCAUGGUCGCUCGAAUGAGACCGACGGAGGAGGAUCCUGUCUUCUGGAUAGAGGAGAAGCUGGAUGGCGAGCGCAUGCAGCUUCAUAUGGAUUCUGACGAUUCAGUACCUGGCGGCAGACGAUUCCGUUUCUGGUCAAGAAAAGCGAAAGAAUAUACAUAUUUGUACGGCAAUGGUAUUCAUGAUGAAAAUGGGUCUUUGACGAGGCAUCUCAAGGAUGCUUUUGCAGAUGGGGUCCAGAGCCUGAUUCUGGAUGGUGAAAUGAUCACAUGGGACCCCGAGCAAGACGCUCCCGCACCUUUCGGCACACUCAAGACUGCUGCAUUGUCCGAACAGAGGAAUCCGUUCUCCACGACAGGCGCUCGGCCGCUGCUGCGUGUAUUUGACAUACUGUAUCUUAAUGGGCGAGACUUAACUGGCUACACACUUCGUGAUCGUCGCAAUGCUUUGCAGAAGGCUGUCCGCCCUGUCCAUCGCAGAUUCGAGAUACAUCCCUACGAAGAAGCUACAACUAAAGAUGAGGUCGAAGCUGCGCUCAGAAAGGUGGUAGCUGAAGCUUCUGAGGGUUUGGUGCUCAAGAACCCUCGGUCGCCUUACCGUCUGAACGAGAGACACGAUGACUGGAUGAAGGUGAAGCCUGAGUACAUGACCGAGUUCGGAGAGUCUCUAGAUCUCAUCGUCAUCGGUGGGUACUAUGGCUCCGGUCGUCGAGGCGGCAACCUUUCAAGUUUUCUCUGCGGGCUAAGAGUUGACGAUGCUCAUGCCUCUCAGGGUGCGAGCGCGUCAAAGUGCUACUCCUUCUGCAAAGUUGGAGGUGGCUUUAAUGCCGCUGAUUAUGCAAAUAUCCGUCAUCACACCGAUGGUAAAUGGAUGGAGUGGAACCCAAAGAAACCUCCAACGGCGUAUAUCGAAUUGGCAGGUCGAGAUGCUCAAUAUGAGCGACCGGACAUGUGGAUCAAGCCGGAAGACUCAGUGGUCAUCUGUGUCAAAGCAGCCUCUGUAUCAGCUAGUGACCAGUUUCGGAUUGGGCUGACUUUGCGGUUUCCACGUUUCAAAAGGCUGCGCAUGGACAAAGAUUGGAGAAGUGCUCUGUCUGUGCAGGAAUUCCUGGAUCUCAAGUCGAACGCUGAGCAGGAGCACCGGGAAAAGGAACUGAACGUGGACAAUUCCCGUAGGAAACGCGUAAAGAGGACAGCGAAGAAGCCUCUCACGGUUGCUGGAUACGACAUGGACGAAGAUGUCAAGUAUGCUGGUCCAUCUGGGCAUAUAUUUGACGGAUUGAACUUUUAUAUUCUGACAGAUUCGAGUGCGCCCGUCAAGAAAACAAAGCCUGAGCUAGAGCAGCUUGUCAAAGCUAACGGUGGCAUUUUCUUCCAAACUAACAAUGCAGCUCCUCAUACAAUCUGUGUGGCGGACAGAAGAACGGUAAAAGCUGCCUCGUUACAGAAGAGAGGCGAUGUGGAUAUAAUCCGGCCGUCCUGGAUUUUUGAUUGUGUGAAGCAAAAUGAGAUUGACGCAGGGCUACCCGACUUACUGCUCCCUUUUGAGCCUAGGCACAUGUUCUUCGCCACGCCGGGCAAGCACGACGAAGUGGCAUCCAAUGUAGACCAAUUUGGCGAUAGUUACGCUCGUAACACUACCAGCGAGGAGCUCAGUGAUGUACGCUUUCCGCAUAAUGUUUCAUUGAAGCAGGCUGAUCUCGUUAAGGUUCUGAAACAAAUGACGAAGAAGAAUCGUUUGGACAUUUCCCAGUGUCCAGAGUCCGUCACGAAACUCAUUGAACACAUCCAAGAAAGAGUCAAUUCUGGACACGAAAUGCCAUGCGGGUUGCUCUUCAAGAGUCUUACAAUACUCUUCCCACAUAGAAAUGAGGAUGUGUCGGAGUCCGAAAGUAUGAUUCCGUCGGAUGCUCACAGCCGCUUGCGUUAUGCUAUCAAUGUAGCGAGGUUUGCAGGCGCGAAUAUAGCUAAGACCUCAAGCCAUCCCUCGAUCACCCAUGUCGUUGUCGAUCCAGAAAGCUCGUCAAAAGAAAUAUCUUCGCUACGAGGGGAGUGGUCCAGGAAGCCUGGGAAGAAGUUACCACAUAUAGUCACUGUUGACUGGGUAGAAGAGAGCUGGAAGAGUCGAACGCUAUUGGAUGAGGAGAGAUUCCAGCCCAAACGAUGA